AUGAUGAUGGUACUCGAUAGAUCUGACGUCGUGUCAUGCCGCUCCUUCCCAACAUCCCUAAAGGGACCAGCAGAGCUCUGGUUCGCCAAACUGAAACCCAACUCCAUCAGAAGCUUCACAGAGCUGGCCAAGGCAUUCAUGAGUUGCUUCCAUAGCAGUGUCAAACAAAAGAAGACCGCUACCAACCUGCUAGCGGUGAAGCAGCGUCCUGAUGAGUCCAUAAGGGAUUACAUCACAUGCUUCAAUGGAGAAGCUCUGAAGAUCAAGGACCUGGACGAUGCCAUGGCCUUCAAUACCCUGCACAAUGGGGUAACCAACCAUGACCUGGUGAAGUCGCUCGCCCUGGACCUAGUCACCAACAUGCCCCAGCUACUGGAUCGUUGCUAUCAGUAUGCCAACAUGUUUGAUAUCAUGAAGGCAUGA